AUGUCCGCAGCUGGACCUGGUGACGAAACGCUUCUGCGCAGGCAUUUUCAUGCCGUGCAGGUUCAGGCCCCAGCCGGUGCUAUGGAUCGCUGCUCGCUCCGGCCGCCCGCAACAUUAGCUUCGAAGUGUCCGAUGAAGUACUUUCACGCCAGUGCUAGAAAUCAGUCCAUGCGUCAUCAUCCUGAGCAGCAUUUUGCGGCAGCCAUGCCGUCCCCAGGGAUCCCAGGUGGCUACGACCCUCAGCUCGUAGGCUACACCCACCAGAUCAACGUGACGCCUCCAAGCCUGGGUGUGCCAGGCCUUCAGGCUCCGCAGGGCCUCCAGAUGCCUCCACCUUUGCCACUGGCGUCGCCUCUUGCCGUACCCUCCCUGGAUGUCAGCCUGGAUCCUGCAUCACCAGAGCAGCUGAAUGAUCUUGCAGCCAAGGGGAAGCAGCUGGAGGCCCUACAGAACUACUACGCCUCUUUGCAGCAGACGCUGCAAGCUGAGCGUGAGUGCGCUUCCGGCUCCUGCGACAAGGUGUUGAUGAAGCUCCGCGAGGAGGUGGCAGGCCUAUCGCCGAGCCUGGUGGCCUUAGCUGAGAACGUGACGCAGUCGAGUCAGCUGGCACAGGAUAUUCACAGGUGGUUCGUGGCGAAUGGUCCUCGAAUACGUGGAUACCAGGAGUCAACGGACCCGAGCGGCUGGCUCGCAGAAGAUACCAAGGAGCUGCUUCAGAAGGUGGACUCUCUGGGACUUCGGUGGAAGCAGCUGCAGGCGGUGGCCUUCAGUGAGCUCUCGCCGAGUCGCGUCGUCGAGGUUUCCACAGCUGCUUCCACAACCGCAACCGCCUCAACUAGGUUCUGCCCCUCCGGCCACGCGAUGUCCGUAUUCACGGCCGCCAAGGACGGUGCUACCUGCCAGAUCUGCGGCGCCCUGCACGCGCCUGGUAGCGUGCUGAUGAGAUGUGAUCUGUGCGGGCAUGAGGCCUGCAUGGGCUGCACCGCAAAGGCGGCAGACCUCCAGGUUAGCGCGAGCCCUUUGCCAGCAGCACGCGACCGGCCAAAGCAGCCGGAGACCAUCCCGGAGGACCUGCCCGUGUCGGUGGACUGCGGCACGCCGGUUGGCACGCCCAUGGCGGAGCCCUCGGAAGAGAUUCCCUCUUCUGAUCUGUCGGACCGCGACCUGAUUCGGGAGACUUGUGCAGUGAUGCUCCUUUGUAUCUGCGUUGAUCUCUCUUGCAAUGUGAUGACUGGUGAUGACUGCCAUCAGCCCAAGGCCAAUGUGUGCGGCGACAUGGCUUCCGAGAAGGACGAGUUCUUCCUCACCAUCGGCCCCGGUGGGCCGGCCAUGCACCGCCUGGUCCAUGAGGAGUUGGGACUCCUCAGUGCAGUUGCCGUGGAGCGGUUUGGGCAGGCGCGCUUCUUCUUCUCGGCACCGCUGGAGCCUGUGCAGCGCUUCUUCAGCCUCCGUGCGCCGGAGAAGCUCUACGUUCUCGCUCUGCGUUUCGAGAGUGCCGCGCUGGAGUGGCCUCCGGACAAGGAGGCUGCGGAGUCGGCACUGGCACAGCUCGUUGCAGCUGCGGACUGGGCCAAGGCUUUGCGGGUUUGGCGUCGCUUCUCGCCGGACCGCGAGGCACUCCCCCGCAGCUUCCGUGUGACGGGCAAGCGUGCUGGGCAACGAGGGUCUCAGCUUAGUUCAAACGGCAUAGCUGAGUUCGUCGGCGAGGCACUGAGCGAGACCAUGGGCUGGCAGGUGGACCUGCAUGACUACGAUUUGGAGGUUGUGGUGCACUUGAAUGAUGAGCAUCUGAUCGUUUGCUUGCCACUUCUGGAACGCGGGGAGGCUCAACAGGCACAAUUUGCGCUGCCGGGUCUUUCUCAGCCGGUCGCCUGGGCCAUGGCGAGGAGCGUCGAGCCCUCGGCAGGAGAUGUCGUUGUCGACCCGAUGUGCGGGUCAGGCAUCGUGCUCUUCGAGGCGGCGCAGUGCUGGCGGGGUGCGUGCUACCUCGGCUUUGACAUGGAUGCCUCACAGCUGGACACGCUUCCAUUCCUGGGCUAUGGGGCUGGAGUCUUUCCAAACUGGAAGCUGAAGAGCUGCGAAAUGCCUUCCGACUGCCUCAGCCAUCUUGCUCAAGCUGGUCCCCCCGCACGACUGCCAUGCUGCAUCCUCGGCGAGCUGUCGUCAACAUGGCGACAGCGCUUCUACAUGGAGCCAGAGGAAAAUCGAGUAAAGAAGUUCCCGAAGAAGAAAAACGUUCACAUCCUGGCCGUUUGCUUGGACUACAAGGGAACCGAAUCUCCUCUCAGCUGCAUUGUGGAUGGCGAUCGCAUCUGCGAACUAGCUGCGCAAUCGGGCGUUGAGGACAUCGUCAAGAUGUAUGACGACGGCUCCACAGAGAGCUUCCCCUCUGUCGAAGAGUUGAAGGCCCAGGUGGCCACGAUCUCCGAGCGGUGCAAGCCCGGGCAUUACUUUGUCCUG